UCCAAGUGAGAGUUCAUCCUCGUCUUGGUUACUAUUUGUCGUCUGUAGGUACGCUCUGAUUGUUCGUAACAAUAACAAUAAUUCCGCUAUUUUUGUGGUACCUGCCAUCAGAUAGAUAACAGUCUUGAACAGUGACUGAUUAUUAAGCUAUCAGUGUGGCUAUUAGCAGAUGUACCUAAUUCGGUGGAUGUUGUUCCUUUGGGCCCUGAGCUUCAUAGGGUGCCAAUCUGUUGUGGCCAAUCAGACCCAUGAACAUAAAGACUCGGUGGCUGAAGAGUCCUCGUCGUCUUCAAGAAAUAGCGAUAGGUUCCUCGAGAUUCCGUUACCGUACUCCCACAUUGAGGAGGAAAACAUAGAUGACGACGAAGGCUACGGACGCGAAAACGCAUUUCCCGAGUUUUCCAACCGAUGCUCCGAUCGUAUGGAAAAGGCCCUCGAGAAAAUGCGACGUCGACAGCUCGCCAAACAAAGGGCUCUCAACCUAAAUGGAUACUCUCUACACAAGCAACUGCGCUCGGUACCUUACGACGUUUAUGUUACAGACAUGCGAGUCCGGGUGCCCACUUCCACCAACUGGGUAAAAGUUGACAAGUGUCGAUUCUAUCCAAUAAAUUCGUCGUUGGAAACCCGUUUACUGUUUAACGACCUUACGAUUAACGGGCGCGUCAAAGUAUUCGAAGACGAAAAAUUAAGAAGAGAACCGCUUAAUCCAAACCCCGACGACACUUGUAGCAUGAUACUUCGCCUUCGCAAAGCGGGAAUAGGGUUUCAUACGGAACCAAUUCGACGAGAUCAUGGGCAGAUUAACGUAAAAACAGACUCUCGUUUUUUGGAGCCCGGUUUUAUCAGUGUUUAUGCAUACGGGUGCGAACCAGCGCGUUUGAUAAGAGGUCAACGAGGCAGACUACUCGAUAUUGACGAAGAGGACGUAAUAUCGAGAGAAAUGGAGGACAUUUUCGUAAGAGGCAUCAGGUCACUUUUGACCACGUAUAUGCAAAAGGAAUUGCAGCCCGCUAUCAAGGAAACUUUGAUGUCACACAUGGGAUAUACAAUAUCAUACGGGUGAAAUAAAAAAGCAACAAGCAUGAAGAAUGAACCUAAAAACUAAUUAAUGGGCACAGAAAGUUUUGACUGUUCUUUCUAAGUCCAUUUUACUUAUGUACAUAGAAAAUCGUUUUGUAUAACGAACAGAUAAAUUAUUUAGGUUCUUUAAUUGUAAAUAUUAAUAUUUCUAUAAAUAAUUAGUCUAAUAAAUAAUUGUUUCCAAGGUUUUCGCACAAAAAAGUAUGUGUACUUGCACAAGUAAUAAAUUUAGAAAAAAAAAUAAAUAAAAUAAA